AUGCGCAACGUGACCGCAUCCAGCGCCGCCCUUUCUUCUGGCGCAAUCAAAAAAAAGGCGCCCUUCCCCUUCUCGGCCUUUCGCCGAAUGGCCGGGAUGGAGGCGACGCUCAAAGAAUGUGAGAUCGCAGCAGUCUUUGGCCCUGAAACUCGAAUAUCGAUCGGCUCUACACAGUCGGCCUCGGAUCCGCGAGAUCGUGCUUCACGGCGCGCCGAUUCGCACUCUCUCUCGCUCUCUCCACGUCGCCAGUCGCGUCGAGCGGCGGCGGCAGCUGGUGAUUUAGAGCAGCAGACCCUGGCAUUCUCAAAGGCGAAGAAGCCGCCUUCGCUUCGCAUUCAUAUCCGACCAUCAUCUGUCUUUUUGCUGUCGUUUUGUUGGUCUACGUUGUUACCGUCUCGCUUGUCAUCUCGACCGCACCACAAACAACUGAGUUGCAAUAUGGAUGACGACAAGUUCGAUCUGUACAGUGACGAUCUGUACUCGGAUGUCCUGGGCAAAGCCGAAGAUGAGCAGCACGUCAAGCAGGAGCCCGUCUCGGACUUGGUGAACGCCGACGCGAGCGGCGCCUCGGCAUCCACCACCGCCGGCUCGGGCAAGCGACAACGAGCCGACUCGAUCGACGAGAAGCCUUCCACCUCGGCGUCGUCUUCUACGCAAGCACAGCCCGUACAGUCGUCCAGUAGCGCGUCUGCGCCGUACGCAUCAUCGUAUCAGCGUCACCAGGAUGAGCCCAUGGCAGCGUCGUCGUCGCUUCCGCCGCAUCCGUCGUCUUCCACCGCCCCACCCGUACGCAGCACCAUGUCCACGCUCGCUGGGCGACCCAAGGUGACAGAUCCGAACGUGCAAAACGCGGUGUACAUUGGCGAUCUCAACUGGUGGUCUACUGACGAAGAGAUCCGUCAGAUCGCCGCGUCCGUCGGCGUACCGCUCAGCCUCAACGACAUUACCUUCUCCGAGCACAAGGUCAACGGCAAGAGCAAGGGCGUCGCGUACGUCGAGACCGACAGCGAGACCGACGCGCGCAAGAUCAAGACGUGGUUCGACGAAAACGACUUCCAGUUCCGCCGCGCCAACGUGACGCUCACGACGAGUGCGAACGGCAACCCCUUCCGCACGCUGCCCAAGGAUCCGCUGCCCAAGAACGAGCGUUCUCAGCGCGGCGGAAUGGGCGGGGGAGCAGGACGCGGUGGAAGGGAUGGAGCUAUGGGCGGUAGGGGGCCACCGCCUCCUAUGGCAGGUGCGCCGAUUCGAAUGGGCGGCAACGCAGCACCGCCCAUGGGACUUAUGAACCCCAUGAUGAUGGGUAUGAUGGGCGCAGGCGGGCCAGGCACAGGCUCCAAUGGCGGAGGCAUGGCUUCCGGUGCGAAUCGCUCCUACGGCCGAGGCGGUGGGCGAGGCGGAGGCAAUGGCUGGGGCAACCGUGGCGGUCGUGGCGCCUCAUCCGCCGGCAGUGGCGGUGGAGGAGGACAUUUCAACCCCAACUUUUUCGGAAUGCCUCCAGGAGGCAUGAUGGGCAUGCCCGUGCAGAUGGGCGGUGCCAUGCCAAUGCAAGGACUCCCCAAUCCGCCCAAUGCAGCCCAGCACGACGACCGAGAACGCAAACGUCACCGCAUGGAAGAAAAUUAA